AUGUUGAUGAGAUUGCCUCGAGGUCCAUUCCAUCUUUGUCAAUUCCCAACCAACCUCAUCACAGAGUCUAAACCACUGCUCAACAAGAUCUUUCUAAGCAAUAACCCCAACAACAAUGUGAACAAACAACAACAACAACAAAUUCUUGAAAGUGGUGAUCUUCAAACAUCAACAUCAUCCACAACAUCAACAACAUCCACCAACUCAAUGAUCAUUGACUCAAACAACAACAACAACAACAACAUCAGCAUCAACAUAAAUAAUAACAAUAACCUCAAUAACAAUAAUAAUGAUAAGAAAAACUCUGUGACAACAGACCCAAACUUCCGCAAUGUAUACCUAUGUGUGGAGAAUGUAUGUGUCCAAGAGACUCAUGUUAAUGUAGUGGAAAAGCAACAGGUGUACCUAAAGGCAAGGGACCCUGUCACUGGACUGCUCUUGAUACCAUUCAAGCUCCAAAAGGUCACUGGUUCAAAGAAGAAGGAUGGAAGUGUAGACACCUCUAAACAAGUUGCUGGUACCAGCAAGGACAAGACAUCUGACCAAGCUGCGGAUGAGAAGGCCAAGAAGAUGUCAGGUGAGCCUCUCUACAUGAAACUGUGUGCCAAGUUUGGAGUGGAUGAACUACCAUCCACGAGAGGCCUGCGACUUCCAUCAGAGUUGGACACUGGACGCAUCCUUGUCUACCUCACAGCAAGGACAGAGCAAUUUGAAGACCCAAGCAUCUUGAGAAUGAUCCAGAUCAGGGGUUCUGAUGCCAACAAACCUCAAGAAGAUGUGACACCGGUUCUAUUUCAUGUGGAUCACGUCAAGUUGAGCAAGGCAAAUGAUCCUGAGAAGCCUCAGACCAAGAAGAGGGGCAAGGACAAGGUCAACGCUACCAAAGCAAAACCUAGCAACCAAGACUCAAACGAAAGGAAUCACGAGUGCUUGGUCAUCACAUCGAGCAAGACCGGUGCGAUCGAGUUGACACUCAUGCCAUGGAUUCCAAUGAGUCCGGUGGUGACUGUAGCUGGCACUACCUCGACACCAGUGUGCAUUCUCAAAUGUUGCAAAGACACCAAGGAUAAGACUGUGUACCAAGAGAGCUCAAACACAGAUCAAUCAUCUCCUUUGCUCAGUGCUAGUCAGUUAUCACUUGGAAACAACAGCAAUGCUAACUCCCCUGUCUCGACCACACCAUCGACCGACAAUAUAGAGGUGAGACAACAACCAUACAUAUCAGCCAAAUGGUUGGCAGGAGUUGUCCGUGUUGCUCUGGUGCCAACUAAACUCCUCAACUCUAAGCAUCAGUUCAACAUUGUCUAUCAACGUGAGAGAGACCUUGAUGUUGGCAGACCACUCGAACUUAUCAAGUUUGAUACCAACCAUCCAAACUUGAUGAGAUGGGAGCGUAUCCAUUGCCAAGGUCACCAGACGAUAAAGUAUCAACACGAUCAGAUGACUAUGCUUCAGGAUGAGUUGGAGACGGUGAAGGCUGCUCAGAUAGAGUCCAAUCAAAGACUUGAGGAGCUGACCAGGAGAGUGGCGUUCUUGGAGGAGAACGCAAUCCCAGAGAAGAGGAGAAGACAAUCAACUACAUUCCCAUCUCCAAUUGUAGACUCAAUGGCAGCGGUACCAAAUCUACAAACAACAACAACAUUCACACACCACCCUCCAGGAGGUGGUGCUCUUGGAGUCCAAGUCAGUCCAUCGGCAUGGUCAAACAGCAACAGUGGAGGCAUCAACAACCAAUGGACUGGCGUAUCCUCCCCUAUUCUCCCACCACCCUUCAACUAUGCCUCCCCCAACUCAUACCAACAGCAUGUUCCAGGUCAUAUGACCCAUCCCCAAGACAGACAGCAACAAGGCCAAGGACAAUACUACCAGGCGACACCGUAUCCUUAUCAACCACAUUCCAAUCAGGGCGCUGUUGGUAUGGCUGAUUGUCAACCUCACCCUCAACAACAAACACAUCCAGACAUGGUUGUCUAUCAUUCUGACCAAGGUGCAGACAUGACCGGACAGCCGCGGUCUGGUCAAGAAGGCAUUGGCCCCUCCAACAACAUUUACCAGCCACAUGGCUACUCCUAG